AGGAGAAUAUUCGGAAACCCUAAUUACUCAAAUCCAACCUCUCCAACUACGCCUCUUCGACUCCCGCAGCCAUGGCCGCUGCCGACUCCUCCGCCGCCGCUCCUUUACGCCAGCUCUCGCAGAAGGAGACGGACAUCCAGAUGAUGCUCGCCGCCGAUGUGCAUCUCGGCACAAAAAACUGCGACUUCCAAAUGGAACGCUACGUCUUCAAGCGCCGCACUGACGGUAUAUACAUAAUUAACCUUGGCAAAACAUGGGAGAAGCUCCUUCUUGCUGCUAGGAUAAUUGUUGCCAUUGAGAACCCACAAGAUAUUAUUGUUCAGUCCGCCAGGCCUUAUGGUCAGAGGGCAGUGCUUAAGUUUGCUCAAUACACCGGGGCUCAUGCAAUUGCAGGAAGGCACACUCCUGGAACAUUCACCAAUCAGAUGCAGACAUCCUACAAUGAGCCUCGUCUUCUAAUUCUCACUGAUCCAAGAACAGAUCAUCAGCCUAUUAAGGAAGGUGCUCUUGGCAACAUUCCCACUAUUGCCUUUUGUGACACUGAUUCUCCAAUGCGGUAUGUUGACGUUGGGAUUCCGGCCAAUAAUAAGGGGAAGCAUAGCAUUGGUUGUCUGUUUUGGCUUUUAGCUCGCAUGGUGCUGCAGAUGCGGGGUACUAUUCGUCCAGGUCACAAGUGGGAUGUAAUGGUGGAUUUAUUCUUCUAUAGAGAACCUGAAGAAGCCAAGCAACAAGAGGAAGAUGAAGCACCACCUGCCCAAGAUUUUGCCAUCGAUUUCAAUGAUACUGCCAUUAGCAGCUUCCCUGCCGACAGACAAUGGCCUACUGCACUCGACCAACCUUGGACAGGGGACGCUCCACAACCAAUUCCAGCAGUUCCUACUAACUGGACCCCAGAAACAGCUGCUGCAGGAGAUUGGGGCGAGGCUGUUCCUGCACCGGUUCCUGCUGCCGUACCGGCUCCACAAGUUGGUGUGCCUCCAGCCCAAACUUUUCCUGCUACUGGCUGGGACUAGGACAAGAUAUUUUGAUUCCAUGGUGUUAAAACCAUAGUUUUUCUUCCCCUCGGCUCAGAAUUUUCCCUUCCGAGAUUAUCUUACAAAAGAAACAUAAUUUGCUUCUCAGUAAAAUUUUGUUUGUUGACAUAUUGUAGGAAAUUUUAUCAUUUAAAUUUAAUAAUUAUUUAUUUCA